UGGAGAUCACAUUCAGUUCGACUUUGAAUAGAAAAUCAAAGCAACAAAAUGUCUAUUAAAAAAUCGGCAACAUUUUUCUUCUUUCUGGUGGGCUGUAUUUGCUUCACUGCCGCAGUUGAGAGCCCAUUUCUGGAGUUGUUUUAUAACGCAAACACAACGUGCAUAGACCAAGCGAAUUUGACCGAAUUUAUAGUUAAUUAUAAUAAAACCUGGUUGGAAUCAUUUAAUAAUCACCAAAAUGAAUCGGAAGAUGUGCAAGUGAAUAGUGUUUGUUAUUUACAUUGUUUGGUAUCAAAACUCGGCUUAAUCGAUGAGAAUGGAUGGCACAAAAUUAUUGCAAAUGAAAUAUUAGACGCGGCCGCUAAGGAAAAUUAUUCACGUACUCAAGAGGAUAUUAAAGGAGAUGGACCACUUUUUGCUGAAUUGGGAGUUGCCUGUGGCAAAUCAAUUCAAACUGAACGAAAUGAAGCUGUGCUUUUAUGGAGAUCUCAUUUCGGCUCCGUUAUUUCAGAACGAUUUCAAGCCUUUUUGAUUGCAAAACCAUCAUAUAUGUCACUCCUGCCAAAAUUAACGAAAAUAUUGAAUUGUUUUAAAUCAGAGCAUAAAUCAGAGCCCAAAUCAGAGCCUAAAUCAGAGCCUAAAUCAGAGCCUAAAUCAGAGUAAAUAUUCAUUUCAAUUCCUUUAAACUUUCAAUUUGUUGGACAAGAAAUACUUUAAUACAUUUUUUUUUACAUUUUUCUA